UGUUUUGAGUGAGGAGGGCGAGCGGCUGGUAACCCGGGGCAACAAUCCGGCUGGAACCGGCGGGGGGGGGGGGGCCUCGGCGAUGUGGGUGAGCGAGGAGGAGGUGCAGCCGCUGCUGGUGCCGGCUCCCGCCGCCUGUGCGGCCAGCCGCCUGUACCGGCGCCGCUGGCUGAUCUUGGCCGCGUUCUCGCUGCUCGGCUUCGUGCAGGGCCUCCUGUGGAACUCGUGGGGACCCAUCCAGAACUCGGCCAAGCAGGCCUUGGGCUUCAGCACGGUGGACAUCACACUGCUGGUCCUGUGGGGCCCCAUCGGCUUCCUCCCCUGCUUCAUCCUUAUGUGGCUGAUGGACAAAAAAGGCCUGCGACUAUCUGUGGUUCUCACUGCCUUACUGAUGACGACUGGAGCCUUACUGAGAUGUGUUCCCAUAGAUAACCAAACUGUCAAGAAAUGGUUGAUCCACAUUGGACAGCUGCUCAAUGGAUUCGCUGGUCCUGUCGUAAUAAACGCUCCUCCAUUUCUCUCAACAACCUGGUUCCCUCCAGACCAGAGGGCCACAGCCACUGCCGUUGCAUCACUGUUCAAUUACUUUGGUGCGGCUUGUGCGUUUUUGGUAGGCCCUUUGAUUGUCCCAGCACCCAAUGGUACCACGUCUCUGCUUACUGCCUCCAACCAUCACAUUGACUUUAUAAAGGGUCGCAUUCAAACUCUAUUAUACGCAGAAUUUGGUGCGACUGCUUUGCUGUUGGUUGUUUUGACAGCCUACUUCCCAUCUCAACCUCCUCUUCCACCCAGUAUAGCUGCUGCAAGCCAGAGGCUCAAUUACAGAAACAGCAUCUACAGACUUCUCAGCAAUUUCAGGUUUCUGAUGAUUGCAUUGGCUUUUGCUAUGCCUCUGGGAAUAUUAGCAGGCUGGUCAGGUGUAUUGGACGUAAUUCUAACGCCACUCAAGGUGAGCCAGGUUGAUGCCGGUUGGAUUGGGUUUUGGUCAACAAUUGGUGGCUGUGUUGUUGGAAUAAUGAUUGCACGAUUUGCAGACUUCUUCAGAGGAGUGCUAAAACUCAUCCUGCUCCUGCUAUUCUCUGGAGCCACACUGUCAUCUGCAUGGGUAGCCCUCACCUGCUUCAAGGGUGUCACUCACUUGCCUGUAACACCAGCAACAUUAUAUACAUCGUGCAUAUUAGUUGGGGUAUUCAUUACCAGCAGUGUUCCCUUCUUCUUUGAACUACUUGUGGAGACUGUGUACCCAGUGCCUGAGGGGAUAACUUGUGGAUUUGUAACCUUCUUGAGUAAUGUCUUCAUGGGAUUAUUAUUAAUGUUCCUGGCAUUUUAUCAUACAGAUGUUUACUGGUUGAAUUGGUGCCUGACUGCAUCAUGUCUGUUCAGCCUUCUCCUUAUUCUCCUAUUCAAGGAAUCCUAUGAUAGACUCUACCUCGAUGUGUUGGUCUCCGUCUGAUGUAUAGAUGGAAGGAACAGACGAAUUUUGAAAAGACUGGGAAACUCCUUGUGGAAUAGGAAUGCACACUUGCUUGGAAUUGCACAUUUUUUUAAUACAAAAGGGAGGGUUUUUUUGUUAAAUUCAAACUCACUAUGUUCAAAAGUUGGAAUUGCUAAUUAAUGUUGUAAAAUUGGAGAUGCGUGUGAAACAAAAUAAGCUAACUGUGUUCUAGGAAUGGAAGAACUAUUUUAAAGGUGUUCCCUUUUAAUACUAAGUAUGCAAUUGAUGCAGACAUUGGAACGGUUGCGCUGCAGUUUAAAAGCUGGGCUGGGAAAAUCCAGGUGGCACCCACAGCUGAAUUGUUUAUCAUCUCAAUCUCAUUGUGAUAAGCACCAAUCUACAAGCUGAACAGGCUUAAUAAUGAAGGAAUGAGAUUUGAUAAGAUUGAGCAAGGAAGGUUGAUGAAAUACAUAUUGGUGAUAUCACGUGUUUCCUUGCAUAUAAGAAGCACCAGUGGGAACUUGCCAAAACAGGUUCAAGUCUGAACUAUUAUACCGUCUUGACCUGCCUAUUGGAGAGGCAGUGCAGACAGGUGGUUACUGCAGAUUACAUUGCACUGAAACUGCCAAUAGCAGAUGUUAAUAAUGGACUGAAUACAAAUUAACAGUUUCUCUUGGAAAUGUAGUUAGGAUAUUGUAUGCUGCUUACACUGAUAAUUAUCUCCUGAGAGAUUUCAGUAUCUAGCCAGUCCUCACUGGUGCAUCUCGCCAAACAUAAUGUGGAUCUUUAUUUCCUAAGUCAACUGUGCUUUUCAUUAGGUUUUUUUUCCCCUGGCACAAUCUGAUGUAGUUGUCACUGACGAAUAACCACAAGCAUUUGAUGUUCUUAAACCAUUGUGAUGGAAAGAAUUGCCGAAAUGCAAGGGCAUCACAGGUGCACUGAUACCAAGGGACACGUUAAUACACAGACUGACAGCCUACUCUUGUUCACUCAUCACCUUCUAUAGAGAUUCUGCGUUCACUUGCAAACGCAUUGAGUGCUUACAGUCAUGUCAGGCUUUGGGGUUUAUAAAACAUUUAACAAACUGAUCCAUAAUCAUCCUCGAGCUUCUUCACAUUCCCACCAAUGGAGCACUCAUGCCAUGUCUAGGAAUCUGCAAAUUCUUUUUUACGCUGCCAUUUUUUUGCAGAAAAUGUUUUCUCGCAGUAUUGCCCUGAUAAUUGUGUUCUAUUACUCUCACCUGCACCCCCCCCUCCAUUUUUUAAAAAAAAGUAACCCCCAUCUGUUCCAAAAUGGAAGAAGCAAAUUUAACUUGAAUGUUUUCUCGAAUUAAAGCUCACGGAGUGUCCCAGAGUAUGCAGUUCUUUCCUAUCAAAGUUAAUCCAACAAGACAUCAACUUGGAACCGCACACUGACAUCGGACAGCAGGUUGAAAAUGUGUUUUGUUUGCAGAAUUAGAUGUACGGAUUACGGUUUAGAAUGUGUACUGCAAAUUAGUGGCAAAUCCUCGAGAAAUAAUGUCAAGUAGUGCUGCUACCUUGAGUGUAAGAUGACAAAUCUAAGAUGGGUUAUAUUUCUGAAUGUUGGUUACUCAUUGCAAAACUGGGAAAUCAGCCACUAAGCCUAGAGAGCAAGCGGAAACUUUGGAUGGCAUUGCCUUGCCGUUAAAUUCAAUGCAGGUGUUUCGAGUGAGCUGGAGAAAUAUGGUGGUUACUGCAGCUCUGUUUUGUCUUGCAUGGAAUGUAUACCACCAGAGUUGACGAUCCCUUCCACAGUAACGGGAUGUGCAUUUGGGGAAUCAUCGGAUUGUGAAGUGUAAAAAAAAAAUUGUAAAUAUGAAAUUCUAGCCUUUCCUAAUCAACUGUUCAAGAAUUUACAAACUUGAUCAGAAGUAGACUUUGUAUUUCUGUUCUUCCUCCAUAAGGAUGUUUCUAUUUUGUAAUUGGUUACUAAAUUACAAUUUUAGCAGGUUUUUAUGGUCCUGUGUCUUGAAAAUGAAGUUGCAUUAAAUAUUCUAACAUUUGCUGUUUGGAACAGCUGUCGACCAGGUUUAUAUACACCAUCUAAGUUGUAAUAUUUGUAAAAUAACUUACAGAUGAUUGGUUUUAACUGUUGCACAAGGUUAUGUAUAUUUAAUUGAACUUGGCGAAUUACAGUAUACAGUUUGUGUAUUUGUGUUCUGCUGGACAAAUCAUAGUUAAAGUUUUCAAAAUGUGUAGAAAUGUAAAUAAAAUGUUUGGAAACUGGAA